AUGGAAGAUCCGUGGGGUUCGCCGUGGGCUGCAGACUCUCCGGCUAAGAUAGAACUCCCAGUCGCGCCCCAGAAUGCGCAUUUCUCGGCCGACCAUCUUUUCCCUCGACGAAACUCUCGUUCGCAAGCGCCGUCACGAUCGCGGUCACCGGCAUGGGAAGACGACGAUGCUUGGGGCGGGUGGAAUGGCGGUGAUGCUAGCGGCAGCGGCAAGGAAAGCCCCGGAUGGGGGAGAAGCCCUGGGCUGAAGCCGCUGCAAGGCGCACCGUCGGUGAGGUCGAUAUCACCGGAUCCCUGGAAAGAUGUGGCCCUGAAACGACUGGACACGACGGCGCUGGAACAUGAGGAAAGGAAGCCGAGGGAGAGGAGAGCUUCAGAGGCUUCGGGCGACGAUCGAGUCGUGGAUUCUGCAAUUAGCCUCGGGGAUGAACAUGAACUACAGAAAGAGAAGGAUUUAAAGAAUGAUAUCCCUGUCGUGGUGCCACCGUUGGAUAUUGAUGCCGCGGACGAGGCAUGGCCUGUUGAUGCGGUGCCGGAAGCGCCGGCAGCCGAGGCGGUGAUUCCGGCCAUUCAACUUGAACUACCAGACUUUUCUCCUGAUACUGGAGCACCAGUACCUGCGGCUGUCCAACCCGAACAACCAGAGCUUACUCCUGAUGCAGAGGCACCAGGGCCUAGUGCUGUCGAUGACAAAGAGCAAGCUGAGGUGCUAUUCACGGCCGAGGAGCCUGCUCGGGAAAAGGAAACCAUUGCUCCCCAGAAUAGCUUCGAGGUAGAGGAGGAACAACAACCAAUUCCACCUGCUGAAGUAAUUGAGGAUGAGGCAGUCGUCUCGGAACAAGAAAUCGUUCAGCCUUCACUGGACGCUGAGAGCGAGGUUGUCGCAGAAAAUGAGCGCCCGUGGCAGGAGCCACAGCAUGAUAUUCCGCCAGUGCCAACUGUGAGCGAACCCAACGUCUGGCAAACACCUUUCGAGUCAGACGCUGUGGAACGCCCUGCGUCUCGAACGUCAAAGAUUCACUUUCCCAUUGAUCUUGCCAAGCUUGACGAUUUGUUUCCGUCGACGCCGCCCAUCAAGACAGAAGCAGAGCUUGUUCCAGACGUCAUCAUCGACGACACUUUUGCUUCAAGCAAUGAACGCAGAGCGUGGUACCGAGUCUCGCGUUAUGGGUCGAAGAGGAAGCACGAUAUGGGAGGUGAUGAGAAUUACGUACGCGUUAGCUGGUCCAAGUCACAAGUACGAGAGCGUACCACUGCGACUGUGAGGAGAUGGAUGGAAGAAGACUCUAUUACCGGGCGCGUGGUUCUGGGUAGACGGCUCGGUGGAUCUGGUGCGGUCAUGUUCAACUGGAAUUCACCAGCACCUCAAGUGGAAAUUGGAGAGUUCCUGGGAAGGCAUUCGAGAAACUCAUCUCUAACCGUGCAAUCGCCAGUCGCAUCGCCUACCACAUCGUCAUUCGCCUGGGCUGGCAGCGACCCAUCAUCACCAGCGGUUUCCAGACAUCCUUUGGCCAAUGAGCUCACAAGAGAUGCGCAAGAAGUGCACUCAACGAAAGAAUCCAAAGCAGGCUCAGCUCGGCAAUCCAUGUCUCUUGAUCCGCCGCCUCAGCAUACCCGAGCGCAUAUCCCCACGCCAAUUCAGAUUCCUCCCACCUACCCCAUCAACAAAGAGGACGAUGACGAUUGGGGCGAGAUGAUGACUGCUACACCAACCACUACUAUGUCAUUUACGGAGGAAGAAGACACCGUCAGCAACCGCCACAGCAUCCCUCCUCAGUCUUCCCUCCAGUUUGAAACGGUGUAUGAAAGCCCCAAUCUCCUUGCAUCAAAAAUCGAAAAGGCUCCGAGCAAGCGGCCCUUUUCAUGGCACUUGGGACAGACGCUCAGCAAACCCUUUAAACGAGGAGGCAAGACGCCUUUGACACCAUCGUUCCCCAGUCCUCUCUCCAAGCCAAUGACACCGCCUCAAGUCACUCCCACUCGCCAUACCCAUACCAUGUCUGCCGACACGUCGCUUGUCCUGCCAUCGUCACCAAGACCUAGCUUGAGCGUUGCGGAUGAGGAGACCGUGGCCAGGCUUUUAGAUGACAUUCCUGAUCUUACAUAUAUGUUGCGUUGA